AUGAAGUUAUUAUAUUUAACGCUCCUAGUCCUCCCAGCGGCUCUCCUGUGUUUCCAGAGUGCCAACACAAUUCUGGCGAGAGCUGAAGAAGAUGAGCUUGAUGAUGUAGUGGAUAUUGAAGGGGAAGACAACCAGGUUGUUGGUGAUGAUGCCCUUGGUGACGAUGAUGACUCCGUUGUGAAGUCUUCGCAAGAUAUUGACACUACUAUACUCUUUACUAAACCUAUUACGAGCUUAGGAGAUGCUGUAUUUGACCUUCAAGCUGGCUAUCCAGUGGAAUUCUUAGUUGGAUUCAUCAACAAGGGUGCUGAAGAUUACUUGGUAGAAUCAAUGGAAGCUUCCUUCAGAUACCCCAUGGACUACACAUACUACAUCCAGAACUUCACCGCUCUGCCUUACAACAAGGAAGUUAAGCCAAAGCAGGAAGCUACCUUCGCAUACUCCUUCAUCCCCAAUGAAGCCUUCGCUGGCCGACCAUUCGGUUUGAACAUCCAGCUUAACUACAGGGACGCCAGUGGCAACUUCUACCAGGAAGCGGUCUACAACCAGACCCUGAACAUUGUGGAGGUGUCAGAAGGGUUGGACGGGGAGACGUUCUUCCUGUACGUGUUCCUGGGUGCUGGUUGCGUGUUGGCGCUGGUGCUCGGCCAGCAAGCUCUGUCGUCGUUAGCUCGGCGCCGCGCCCCUCGCCCCGCUUCACGACCCAUCGAGGUUGGCACCGCUAACGAUGUCGACUACGACUGGCUACCUAAAGAAGUCGUCAACCAACUCAAAAAAUCACCGAAGAGUCCUAAACAGUCGCCUCGCUUGAGGAAGGCGAAGAGGUCGGCUGGGGACGACUAA